AUGUUUCCAAGAAUUUCCAAUAUUCAUGAAGAAUUCGUUAAAUCAGCAGCGAAUAAUGAUCUGAGACAAAUCAAAGAUUUGUUAAAAUAUCGAAAUGUUAAUAUCAAUGGUAUUUUUGCAGGACAUACAGCUCUACAAGCAGCUGCUCAGAAUGGAAAUUUGGAAAUUGUUCAUUUUCUUAUUGAAAAUCGUGCAAAUUUAGAAAUUGAAGAUAAAGAUGGUGAUCGAGCGAUUCAUCAUGCUGCAUUUGGAAAUGAAGCGAAAAUCUUAGAUUUACUUAUAAAAUCAGGUGCAGAUAUCAAUGCAAGAAAUAAACGUCGACAAACAGCAUUACACAUCGGUGUUUGUAAAAAUCAUAUCGAUGUUUGUAAAGUUCUUCUUUUAAAUGGUUCUCAUUUGGGAAUUCAAGAUUUUCAAGGUGAUACACCUUUACACGAUACCAUUUCAAAAAAACAUGAUGAAUUAACAAAACUUCUAUUGGAUUCGAAUGCUGAUGUUACAAUAAGAAAUAAUGAAGAUUUUAAUUCAAUUCAUUAUUCAGUUUUAUGUGGAAAUUUAACUGCACUUGAAUUGAUUCUUUCGAAAAUUGAAAGUCGUCAAUGGAUUUUAAAUGAGAAGAAAAAUGAUGGAUUUACAUGUUUACAUUUAGCUGCAUUGAAUGGUCAUUUUCUCAUUGUUGAUUUACUUUUAAAUAAAGGAAAUGUUUCAAUUGAUGAACAAAAUCUUCAUUUACAAACAGCUCUUCAUUUAGCUGUUACUCGACAAGAUCUACAAAUUGUUAAUUUGAUCUGUAAGAAAAAUGCAAAUGUGAAUUUAAUUGAUAAAGAUGGAGAUACGUGUUUACAUGAAGCAUUGAGACAUCACACAUUAACACAAUUGAAACAAUUACAAGAAGAAGCACAAAAUAGAAAAAUGAAAAAUAUUUUUUCAAAUCUGACGAAUUAUGAUAAACGACCAAGUGUUGAAAUUAGUUGUUUAUUAAUUAUGUCGGGAGCUGAUUUAACAAUUAAAAAUAAAAAGAAUCAAACACCAUUUGAUCUCUGUUCCGAUUCCCAUUUAUGUCGAAUGUUAACACAAAAGAAUAUAGAAUAUCAAAAGAAAGAGAAAAGGAAUGAGAAUUUUCUCGAAUGUCUCAUCUGUUCAGAUCAUUCACGUGAUACAAUAUUUUAUCCGUGUUUACAUAUUGUUACAUGUCAUUCAUGUGCUAAUCGGAUGAAAAAAUGUUUAUUAUGCAAAGAGAAAAUUCAAACAAAAACGAAAAUUGAACAAUGUAAAAUUUGUUCGAAAAGAAAAGCAUCGGUCGCCUAUAAACCUUGUGGACAUUUCAUUGCGUGUGAAAAUUGUGUCGAUUUGAAAAAACAAUGUUUAAUUUGUCGACAAACGAUUGAUUUAAUUGUACCAUUUAAACAAUUGUGUGUGGAAAAAAAUGACAUUGCUUCGACAAAGUCGGAAGUGAUGACAGGAUUAUCAAAUGAUACGAUGACUUUGGCGAGUUUAAAACAACAAUUAGAAGAAAUUCGUGAACAAGUUCAUUGUCCAAUCUGUAUGGAUCGAUUGAAAGAUAUGAUCUUUUUAUGUGGACAUGGAGUUUGUCAAAAUUGUGGAAAUCGUGUCAAAGAAUGUCCAAUUUGUCGAAAACAAAUUGAAAAAUCAAUUAUUUUAUACACAUAA